AAGUGCCUUUGUUUUUGUGACAACCAGCGACGUAAAGUUUCACCCCGAUCUCUUUCCCAACCCUCUACGCGAUGUACAUGAAAUGGCGAGGCAUGAUGCCGCUUGCAUGGAUGAGUUGGCGGCGGAGGUGGCGAAUGAGCCGAGCGAGUACAGUCCUGUUUUGCGACGGGGCUUGAGGGUGCUGCGCUCCACGGUGAAGGAUAGCCGAUUGUCGACGUCUGCGCUGCUGCCUGACCGCAUCCGUUAUGCCUCUGUGAAGGAGCGUGAAAAGGCGUUUUCGAAGCAUUACGGGCGCUUCUGCGCAUAUUGCAAAAGCACUUGUUUUACAUCUGUUAUGUUGACACGCCUGGCGAUCAGCACGGUGGGAUAUUUUGACGAGAACUUCUACCCAGCUUGCGUGGAGGAUGUCGACUACAGCUUACGCCUCCGUUUGCUUGGAUUUCAGGAGCGAAAUGUCUUCUACGGCAAAUUCGUGCAUCGCGGCAGCUCGAGUAUUCGUCUCUCUAAUGAAGUGGAGCCACCGGACGCUCUCUGGUACCGUCGCGUCAAGUCUUUGAGUGCGAACGAUGCAUAUGCCAUGAUGAAGUGGAACCGUCCACGGGCGUGCAGUGGCGGGUACAAGGAGCCAUAUGACGGCAUGGUCCCCGCAGACGUUUGGGUGAAGGAUGAGGGACGCAUACAGCGCAUUCGGGCCUACGGGCAUGAUGAGGAGCAAGGGGUCCCAAGGGUUGAGUACGACAGGACACUUUUGUACCCUGUAAGGACGAAGGGAAGAUGA